CUCAAGUUGAUUUUAAUAACAUGUCACCCAUGUCUUGUAGUCUUUAUACUAAUGAGGUCUUAGCUAUCGAUGGUUUAAGAAAUACCUUAAUAAAUUUGACUCGUUCCAUUACAAACAUUAAAUAUGAUAUGAACAAUUAUAUGAUAAAAAUUGAUAGGAUUGAAAAUAUGUUGAGUGAUAUUCAUACAAAUCAAAACAAAUCUUUUUCAAAAGAAGUUAAUCAUCUAGUCAAUGAUAGUAUUUAUAAAUUCUCAAUGACAAAUAUUGACGAGCUAAAUAUAUUUGAAGAAAAAUUAGGAGACAUUGAAUUUCGGCAGAAAGUGGUACAUUACUUGAGUAGACUAGAACACGAUAGUGUCUCAAAUAAGACACGCCAAAUAAUGUCGAAGAUAUUUCAUAAUAAUUUGCUAUCACGAUAUUCUUAUGCAGGACAGAAACAUAAAAUGGUGUUUGCUACUCUUCAUUCCUGUUCCAUCAUAUUUGAAACUGUAAGAAGUGUACAAAAACAUUGGAAUUGCACAGACCAAGAAGUAUUAAAACCAAUGAAAUUUUUCAUGGCAAAUGCUAAAUUCAGGGAAGAAAAGAAACAACAAAAAAAUCAUUCUUUUUAAUUGUAAUUAUUCAUAAUUAUAAAUUAAUCUUAAAUGUUUUGUUUUAUUUUCUAACAAUA